AUGUUGGACGUCUUGAAAUCUAUGCGGGGUCUACUCAAAGUGCAGACGAUUAACAUCGAUAAUAAUGUCUUCUGCUUGCACUACAAAUUCACUACGCUUGUUCUGCUGUUCUGUGUGGUCAUCACGUCCAGGCAGUUCUUCAGAGAAUCCAUGGAGUGUUACCUCCCGGACUUGCCUGCCGUCUCUCUCAACACCUACUGCCUCAUCCACUCAACAUUUUUAGUCAAAGAUUCAGCAUCUGCUAAUGCGGCGCGCAAGAGUUUGCCGUAUCCUGGAAUGUCUCAACACACGGAGGAGGACAAGCUGAGGUUCUACGACUACUACCAGUGGGGCUUCAUCACAUUGUUCCUACAGGCGAUAUGCUUCUACUUGCCGCAUCAACUGUGGAAAGUGUGGGAAGGUGGAAGAAUGAAGAUGUUGGCGGUGAACCUCACUACUCCGGUUCUAAGCGAAGAAUGCAUCAAAAAGAGCACGGACUUAUUGAUCGAAUAUUGGGAGAAACAACUUCACUCACACAAUAGUUACUACUACAGAUUUUUGACGUGUGAACUUAUUAAUUUAAGUAACGUCGUAGGUCAAAUAUGCUUCAUGAAUGCUUUUCUUGGCGAGGAAUUCCAAUACUACGGUCUUAAUGUCAUCAUGUCUAACUGGAAGAAAGGAUUGCAACAAGAAAUAACAAACCCGACGCAGCGUCUGUUUCCUACUAUGACCAAGUGCUCUUACAAGAAAUUCGGCCCUAGCGGGUCCAUGGAAACCAGGGAUGGAAUGUGCAUCCUCGCACAAAAUGCCAUCAAUCAGAAAGUCUAUCUUCUCUUGUGGUUUUGGUUUCAUAUAUUGGCUAUUAUCAGUGCACUUUUUAUUGUAUAUCAUUUAUUUACGUUGGUUGCUCCUGGGAUCAGAUUGCGCCAGCUCCGGUCUGCAAGCAAUCUGAAUGGUGCUAAAGACAUUAAAGUAAUGCUGUAUGAACGUGACUUAAAAGAAACUGUUGACAUAAAGACGCAGAAACCUACAGGGGGAUGCGGCCGAUGGACGGCGGGAUGUGGGUGGACUCCAGGGCCAAUGACGGAGCGCUGUGCGGAACUGGUGAAGGGGGAUUGUAGAAGCUUGGUGGAGUAG